AUGCCCGCCGGCGUUUCCUGGGGUCAGUACAUAAGAUUCUUCGUGGCUGCCAUGCUCUCCAUGGCCGCCGGUUCCCAGGCUGUCCACAUGUACUACAAACCCCUGAAGGAUCUGGACGUGUACAUCAGCCGGGAACUCGAGCAGGAAAAGAGUUUGAAGAGUGACAAACAAAGUUGAGAAUUAUUGGAAAAUAAUUUGCCGGAAAUUCACAGGAAGAUAUUUUAGUCUAUUGAGAAAAGCGUGAUUUUCCAAAGCAUGCCAAUAAAGAAAUUGGAAAAUCUGGCUUUCUAUCAAAUUCAUUCUGUGAAUUCAGGCAAUUUUUACAAAAUCAUAGAGUGAAAAAUUCAACUAUAUAUGCAAUGUACAUAGCGACAUAGAAAUCAUUUAGGAAAAUAAAGAACAACGGAAGAAAACUACGACAUUUUCUA